UUGUUUUCACUACAUCCAUCACUUGCUGUUGGUUGCCACAGUGAUUUGGACUUGAAAGCGCCCAUCUUUUCAUGUCUAUUGAUAUUGAUUGUUGAUACAUCACUUGGCUUGUUGAUGUCCUCUUUGAAUCAAUCUCUCUUUCCAUAGGACUCUUCGUCCUCGGCUGUUUCUUCAUCUGUGUCAACCACUGUGUUCAACCUAUAUGCUUUUUUAAGCUUCAACCUACCCAUCACACAUUCAUAUUCACACGCAGAAAGAUCAUUCAAAGAUGAGUUCUUCGGCACCUCAAGUUUCCAACAACAAAACAAUGUGGCUGCAUCCAAAGGUUUUGGGUUUCAAUCCUUCUGAAAGAUGGGGGCACUCUGCUUGCUUCUCCAAGGGCCUCAUGUAUGUCUUUGGGGGUUGCUGUGGGGGGCUGCAUUUUUGCGAUGUUCUCACUCUGGACCUUACCAAACUGGUUUGGAGCAAGCUUACUACUACCGGUGAGAAGCCGGGGCCGAGAGAUAGUCACAGUGCUGUUCUUGUGGGGCAUAAAAUGAUAGUGUUUGGUGGCACGAAUGGGUUCAAGAAGGUGAAUCACAUUCACAUACUUGAUCUUGUUACCAAAGAGUGGUUUCGACCUGAAUGUAAAGGGACUCCUCCUUCUCCACGUGAAAGCCAUACUGCCACGCUGGUUGGUGAUGAAAGGAUAGUGAUAUUUGGCGGUAGUGGAGAAGGUCAUGCUAACUAUUUAAAUGAUUUGCACAUUCUUGAUCUUCGAACCAUGAGUUGGACUUCCCCUGAGUUGAAAGGUGAUUUGCCGGUCCCCAGAGACAGUCAUAGUACCCUUGCAAUCGGGAACAAACUUAUUGUUUAUGGUGGAGAUUCUGGUGAUCAGUAUCAUGGCAAUGUUCAUAUGCUUGAUAUGGCUACAAUGACUUGGUCUAGAUUGACGAUUCAAGGUUCUCCACCAGGAGUCAGGGCAGGUCAUGCUGCAGUUAACAUUGGAACAAAGGUAUAUAUCAUUGGAGGAGUUGGAGAUAAACGUUACUAUAACGACGUUUGGAUCUUUGAUACUUGCAAUUUUUUGUGGACUCAACUCGAUAUACAUUUUCAACAGCCACAAGGGCGAUUUUCUCAUACAGCUGUUGCUGCAGGCAUGAAUAUUGCAAUAUAUGGCGGAUGUGGGGAAGAUGAACGUCCUCUCAAUGAAUUGUUAGUGUUGCAGCUUGCAGCAGAGUAUCCAAAUGGACGUUACUACGUUCCCAUGAGCAAACCUAUUGGAACUUAUUGGAAUCACGAAAAGAAUAUUAUCCCAGCAGAAGCGGAUACUACUAACUCGCAGGAAACUAUCCUCGUGAGGAAUGACGUGGAAGCUUUUGGAAAUGGAGCUUAUGAAAUUGCAUCAGAAAAAUCGUCGCCUUAUCACUUUGAUUCAGGUACUUCACGACAGAAGAGGAGGAGAAUUGCUGCUGCAAAGGUAUGGGAUGUUGAAUCAGAACAAGAAGAUAGUUUUCUUUCAUUGUCUCUUCAUUCAUCUCCAUAUAAAUCGGAUCAAGAACAGACCCCAAGUCAAGAAGCAAAUGCAUUCUUUCCAACCACUUCCCAACACGAAAAUGACUCAAAUUAUAAGAGAACAUUGAUGAAUGUCCCACUUAAGACUCCACAGGCUUUUCAUUUCCUACAACAUCAAAUAAAACAGGAACAAUGUCUUCAUGUUAACGAGGACAAAAAAAGAGCUCAACGUCAGGCUGCAGAGCAGAAACCAAUGCUGCGACCCAUUCAACACCUGAUUGGUGGUGAAGUUCGGGAGAGAGUUGAAGGACCCUUUGACCCAGUUUCGGUAUCUCCUACAGUUGUGAAUGGAAGGAUUUUCCGGGGAGUCAUAUUUGCACCUGGAGCAGGAGUUGUCUCAAAAGGGGCGAGUGUUAAACCGAAUUGUCCUUCCUCUCAAGCCUUUUUGGGUACUUUAAGGGCUUCCCAGGAAGCACCAUACCAUGGUUCACGAUCAAGGCAAACCCCAGUGGCUUUACCAUUUCCAAUCAUGGGAGCGACUCCCAGUGUUGUUUCCAAGGAGCAUAAAAUCAGGAGUGAUCUUCAAGGAUUGGCUCUAACACUUGGAGGACCAGGCAGUGGAAAUCCUGAGGUAAAAUAUUGAGGAAGCAAACGAGACAACUAGGUUUAUGUAAAUUUGGGACAUAAUAAUCCUACGUACUGGAGUGGUUAUGAAUUUCCUGAAUCCAUCGUCAUUUGUAAAAUAUUUUGAUUUUAGCUUUAUAGUGUAAUCCCAUCUUCUUCCCAUUACAUGGGAGGAUUUUUGUUUGAUGAUACUGAUUAAUAAGUCCUAAUGGUUAUACGCCGAGGGGAUUGGCCUUAUACGAGCAAAUAUUCAUUCGUGAACAUGAAUUCAUUGAGCGUGACCUCUCAUAUAA